UUUUAUUGCAAUAUCAUUAAUAUUAAUAAGAUUCAAUUUUAAUCUAUAUAAGUGGCAAAUACAUAAACAAGAUGGCAACUCUUGCAGUAUUUGUUGUCCGCACGUGGGAAAGCAACACGGGUAUCGUUUGUGUUGAAUAUUGCUCCCAGCAUGGGUAAAAUAAGACGAAAUAAAGUGCGACAUAGUGAUUAUUUGAAUCCACUUAUUUUUAAUUCCAACGGUAUUGCCGAGUUGCAAUUUGAUGGUGAUGAUGAGUUCAGUCAUGACGGACCAAUUGGAGCUAUAAGAGAACAGCUUCAAAAUUCUAACAUUGAGGAGAAAAUUAACGGACUUCAAACGUUGGCGGUUUUUGCAUCUAAUAAGGAAAAAGUUGACUUACUAUGUACCACUGACAUUAUUAGAAUUGUUGGACCAUUGUUGUGUGAACGUGAUGAAGCGGUACGCAAUGCUGCAGCCGGUGCACUUAGAAAUUGCUCCGUCCACGGUACAGAAAUAUGUGAAUAUUUAGUACUUCAAGAUCUAAUGACACCUUUAUUGGCGUUGCUUAUGGACUAUAUGCAUGAUGACGAUUGGACUCCCAAGUUUGACGCUUCAAUGCGCGAUGAAAUUGAUUUGCGUUCUGAUAUAUUUUUGCAAGCAAUUAAUCUAUUGUGGAAUCUUUGCGAGAGUUCGAUGGAAGCUUUAAAAAUAUUUAAUCAAGCAAAUAUUUAUAACAGACUACUACAGUGCCUUAAUUAUAAAAAAUACGGAUUAGACAUUUCAAUUUCAGUGGCGCAGUGUUUAUUAGUUGUAUCCGAAAACAAUAGUACUUGUUGGAACGUUCUCAGUAAUUGUAUACCUGAACUGAUAGCAUUGUUAGAAAUUUCUGGGAAACAUGGUUAUGUCUAUUUAAGCACCUUAACUGCGGGAAUUCUCGCAAAUAUUCCAGCGCUGGCUGCAUCAUAUGUAAUGCACAUAGUUAAAACUUUAAGUCAUAGUCUUGAUGUAGACCAUCAGUCUAUUUUGCUAAAUACUAUAAGUUCAUUGCAACAACAAGAAACCGAUAGUAGUGCACCAGAACUGGAAAUAAGAAUGGACACCAAUGAUACGGAAACGGAAGAUGCAGCUAGAAUUCGACGUAGACGACAAGAAUUACCGACAGACGCAGAUAUAGCAGUUAGAGAUGUCGGAUUUAUGCUAGAUGCGCAACGUAUUGCUGCCGAAAUUUUAACUAAUUUAACUUCAAAUGACGAAGAAGACUGGCAAGAAUGUGAAGAUACUGAAAAUUCAGAAGAAGAAAGCGUUACUGAUUUUAAUGCGGAUAUGGAAAAAGAUUCUAGUGACUGUUGCAAUAAAUUACCUGUCGAAUUAAGCGAAUCUAUUAAAUCUCUAGCGGUCGUUGAAAAACUGUGGAAAAAAGCCCAACCCUUGCAAGAAGAUGUUGUAGAUUUGUUGCGGUGCACAAACGACGAUUUAUUAAAGAAGACAAAUUUUUUACGUGUAUCAUCACUCAUCGCAUUGCAAAAUAUGUGCAAUUGUUUAGACACUGAAGAUUUGGGCGGAUGUAACGCAGUUUAUAACGUUUGGGUGGAAUUAGGCAAGCAAGUUUUUAAAGUGUCACCUGAUACACAGUCAGAUAUUUCGCUCUUGGAACCAUCAACAUCUUUAAUGCGUUCUGCUCUGGAACAUUUAAAAAGCAGUAAGGAUCUUUUUAGCCAAAUGAGUCAAAACGAUUUAGAGUUGAUCUUAGGUGGUAUCAACAAUUGCAGUGUACCUGAAAUUCGGGCAAAUUGGUUUCGCAUGUUGGGCACAUUAGGAUGUUUAUUACCGGAAACAUUGGUUAAAAUCAUUAUUUUAUUUAUUAUUGAAGCCACCGAACAAGAAGAGGAUGUAUGGUGUAUGUCGGAAGCUUUAGAUGCAUUUAUGGAUAUAUUUGCUGAUAAUGAUUGGCAUCAAAUUGUUAUUGAAGGCAAAAUUAUAGAACGCAUUCAAAAUUUAUCGAAAGUAUUUAAAGCAAAAGGACGACAGCAGAAAAAGGAUUUAAUGGAACGUUACUUUGCUGUUCAGACUGUACAAUUAAAUUUAACUCGCUUUAUUAAAUAUAUGGAAGCAGAAACAUCAAAAUAUAUGGCAGCCAAAAAUGUAAAAAAAUCGUAAUUACUUAAAUUAUGUUUUGAAAAAUAUAUUUUAAGAAUCUUCAAAUCAAAUUGUUAUAAUGCAGAAUGUAUUUAUAUAUAUUAUUUUUGUAAAUUUGUAACUUUGCUAUUUGCGUUAGUUGAACCUUAACAAUAAAUA